ACCAUGACCAUUCGUCAACCACAGCGGAGCCCCAAUUCUCCAUCGGGCUUAAGCUGUGAUGUGGCUGAGUGAGGCUGGCAAUCAUGUCUGACAUUUCUCACGUAGUCACGAUUGCCCAGCUCCCCUCUCCACCACCGCCUCGCCUCCCUCCCCCACCUGCUCCCGUGCAACAGAGUCACAAGUACUACUACUACUACCUAAUAGCCAGUCUAGCCUAUCUACUAAUCCAACCGCGCGGCCAGUGCUCCAGCAAGAUUUGCCCAGCCGUUCUUCUUAGGGUCUCGGCCCCAACCCUGCGGGAAGUCGUGCAGAUUCAACUGCUGGUCCCCCGUUCAACAAGGUCCAAGCCCUUGAUUGUACUAUGGUAUACUACUACCCUACGACCUAGUAGCUUACCACCCCCUCCUCCUCCUCCUCAAGGCCAUAGUCAUCCCCCCCCUCCUUCCCACCAUUAUCCACGAUCCUACCACCGAUUACCGACCUUGUCUCCCUCAAUCGCCCUUCCCGCUCCAGCUUUGUCCCUUGCUUUCCAAAUUUGGGUUUAUACCAAAUUUUUGAAUUCUCUCUCUCCCUUGUCGCGCGCGUUUUGUGUCUGCUGGAAUUAGAACGUACUGUACUUUGGUAUCCUUCUCCUCGCAGACAAAAAGAAAGCUUAAAAUGGAAUUGAUCUGACCUUUAAUUCCAUCAACUCUCCUUGCCCUGGAACAGCUUUCCUUUCCCCGGGCCGUAGUAAGA